GGUGUUCGGAAAUCGAUUGAUCGGAAACCAGUCUUAAAUGUUCAAAGAUGGCUGCGCCCAUAGACCAGCUGCUGAUGCAUGACGUUUACGGAUGACGGGAAAAUCAUUAAGUGAUUCAGUGCAUGAGCUGACUGAUUGAGGACGUCGAUUUCACCAUGGCGGAUGGAACAAAGCAAGAGAGAAAGCCAGACGCGAGCGGCAAAGUCUUGGCAGGUGCAGCGCGAUCUGUAUCCUACAACAUGUUACUGCAGAUCACGUUUCGGGUGUCAACAUUUGUGCUGAAUGCUCUGAUACUGAGGUACAUCUCCAAGGAAAUGUUGGGAGUUGUCUCAGUCAGGUUGCAGCUCCUGUAUUCCACCACAUUGUUCAUAGCUGGGGAGGCAUUCCGUCGAGCUUGCCUAAGCCAAGGCCAACACAGAGACUGGACACUCACAAUCAAUCUGCUCUGGUGCUCGUUUCCCCUCGGCAUCACCUGUGGUAUGCUUCUCGGCUAUGUAUGGAUGGCACUCCUUGAGCAACCUGAUCCAAGCGUCGUUGCCAACUACUCAUUUGGCGUGUGGGUGUACGCCACCUCGGCUAUUCUAGAACUAUCAGCACAGCCUCUCUUGGUGCUAGGGCAGGCAACGCUCUUUGUUAAACUAAAGGUUGUCAUUGAAGGCCUUGCCAUUGGUGGGCGGUCAGUGCUUGUUGCAGUAUUGGUGGUCUUCUUUCCCCAGUGGGGGAUUUAUGCAUUCUGCAUCAGUCAGUUAGGCUACACCGUCAUCUACGUUAGCCUGUACUAUGCGUACUUCAUUUACUUCAUUUGGAAGCAAAGAAAAAAAGACGAUGACUUUCCUAUCAAGUCAGUGCGGGACAUAUUUCCUAAACUCCAUUCAAAGCAAUGGAUAAGUCCAGAGCAAGCUCAUCUAACUUUGAGUUUCUUCAAGCAGGGUUUCCUCAAACAAAUUCUCACUGAAGGAGAACGGUACGUCAUGACAGUGUUUGACAUGCUGAGCUUUGGGGAUCAGGGUAUCUAUGAUGUCAUCAACAAUCUGGGCUCCCUAGCUGCCCGGUUUAUUUUCCUGCCCAUCGAGGAAGGCAGCUACCUUUUCUUCGCUCAGACUCUGGAGAGGGGAGUACCUUUGGAGAAGCAGUCAAAGGAGUCCAUAACGCUUGCCUCCGAUCUGCUCAAGUGUCUGCUGAAGUUUGUAGUUCUGAUAGGCUGUACCGUCCUGGUCUUUGGCCAAGCUUACUCCUAUCUCCUGCUGGAUAUCUAUGGUGGAGCACUGCUCAGCACUGGCUCAGGUCCAACUUUGUUGCGUUGGUACUGUGUCUAUGUUUUACUGAUUGCCAUUAACGGGACCACUGAGGCAUUUGUGUUUGCUGCUAUGAGCAAAAAUGACGUAGACAAGUACAAUCAGAAGAUGCUUCUAUUUUCCAUCAUUUUCCUCUCGUCGUCGUGGUUCCUGACUAAAACAUUUGGAAGUGUUGGUUUCAUUCUGGCAAAUUGUCUCAACAUGACAGCUCGAAUAAUACACAGCAUUUACUUUACAGUGAACUAUUACAAAGACACAGCAUUCCAGCCACUGUAUGGUCUGUUACCGUCCGUACCGGUACUCUGCACAUUUGUGGCAUCAUGGUUUAUCACUUACAUCUCAGAGAUGCAUCUUUGUUGUGAUCAAGGCCUCUUCUACAGAGUAGCGCACAUAGCUAUCGGAGGAUUCUGCUUACUAGUGGUGCUUAUAACAAUUUGGCUUACUGAAAAGGAACUGAUAAGCUUCAUUCUGAACCAGUGGAAAGCAAGAAAAGCAACUAGUGAGGAAAAGAAGAAAUUAUAAAAACAAAAACAUUUUAUUGGUUUUAUUUAGGGGGUAACAAUAUAUAUUUAUUCCUUGCGUAAUGCUUUUGUUUUUGUUCAUUAGCCCUCCUUUGCAAACAUACAUUCUGUGCCAAGCUGUCCUUUCAGUCAAAAUCAAUCAAGUGACUGUUUUUUAACAAUUAAGAGCUCUCAGCCUACAUAGAGCAGGAUUGACUGGUUGUGACUGUUUAUGUAACUUGGUAC